UUUCUGCUUUAUCAACCUGGUUCUGCCCUGUCCUGUCCUGUCCUGUCUUGCCCGCCGCCCGCAAGACCAAACGAGACAAUCCUAUUUCAACUUCGCACACCAACCUCGCACUCCUACUGCGCGGUACCUCAUUUUAUUAGGCACUGGGCUCCUUCGUGUCUGCAUUGAUUCGAUGGGUAUCGUGUGCCAGCAUUCCACACGUGCACUCCGCAUCGAUACUGGCCAUUGCCGCCAUCGACCUUGAAACGACUCGCGCGCGACUACGUCCGCCUGUCAACCCGUCGUUUCUAGACGACCAAUGCCUCGAGCCUCCUCGAGUCCACCCAGUACAACUUCUCGACAACGCAUCGUCACUCGGGAGACACGCCAUGGAAGCAGCUGAGCCUGGGUCUGCACCUGCCUGGCACAAUAGCGCAACGAUUCCCGCAGUCGCCCACGCACAAAAGCAACCCCCAGAGAAACUUCGCCCACAGCCACCACCACCGCAAGCCCCGUCGCGUCAACAUCCGCAAUAUUGUGACGGCCCCGAGCGCUCGCACCAAGACCGUCCUGCCAUGGCCACGGCCACGGCGACCGUCCUACAGCCUGGCGCUGCCUACCCGCCCACUCCAUCCUACUCCUCGACGUAUACGAACCAACCUGAUGGCAUGAUGCCCUUGGCGGACGCACGCCGAGGCGAUGGCCUCGAGCCGAGCGAGACCGCAAAACGACAAGCGCUGCCGUCCCUGUCCGAAGUCAUCAACAAGAAUCCCGACUAUCCACGGCCCCAUCCACCUUCUGCAGGUCCCGCUCCGCCUGCGACUUCGAUACAGCCAGGCACCAAUUUCCCAUCGCCAUACGCACCCCCGGGGUCACUGCGGUCGUACGCGGACAGCAGCAGCAAACAUACAUCGCCGCAACAUAUGCGUUCCGCGUCCGCAUACACCCCUCGACAAGAACCUCUGCCCUCCUUUGCCGAAUCGCCCCGACCGGCGCUGAGUGGGAGGCCUACACUACCACCUGUCCCUAGUAGGCGGCCAAGCCCGCCUCAACACCAUGAAGCGACGCAUUCAUAUGGGAACGAACCGCAGAAAGACCCCCGGCAGCCGCUGAACGGUGUAUACCAGCAUCCCCAACCACCAGGCCCGCCGCAACACAUGCCCUCCGCCGCAGCUGGGUACCCUACCGGGCCUCCGCCGCCUGGGCAGUUGCCUUUGCCUCCCUUUCAGUCCCCGAGACAAACACAUAUGGCUUACGAAUCGUAUGAGCAUCGUCAGCAACCACAACACGAGGGUCACGACAGGGUCAACCGGGUGGAAUAUGACGGCGCUCCUUACUCCGACACCAUAGUGUACAGAGAGGGUCUUGCUCGGAUGGCCAAUCACGCCAAGACACUGCUCAAUUUCGCCGAAUCCUAUAGCGGGAUUGCCCGCGAAGAGCAUGGCAGUCAUCCGAUGCCCGAACGAAUGCCUACCGAGAAAGAGAUCAACGAUGUUGUCAGCUACGUGGACGCCAUCAAGGCAGACCUGGACAGCGUGAAGCAUGUCAUGUACAAUGCCAUACGGAAUCGCGAGCAACCCCCGCGGAGGCCAUAUGCCGAAGACCACGAUGCCGCGGUGUACGAAGAGAGCAUGAAGUUCAACCACCAAUCAGUCCUUCCCGAGAAACGCAAGCGAGGACGCGUUGCGCCUCCCGGCAGAUGUCACAGCUGCAACCGCGUCGACACCCCUGAGUGGCGACGGGGUCCGGACGGCGCGAGGACUCUGUGCAAUGCGUGUGGGCUACACUAUGCCAAACUGGAGAGGAAAAGGCUUAUAGAACAACGAACGAUUGCCGCGACAGUGGACGCAGGCAACUGACAGGGAUUCCCGCUUGGGGGCAUGGCGUUGACAUGCGCCGCACUACAAGCACCAAGCCAUCAUCACGGCUGGGACCAAUUGUCACGCAAAAUGGAAUGGACAGGCGGGUGGAUUUUCAGUUUUCCAACUAUAGACAUGGGAUCGGGUCGCGGGUUAUCAGCUGUAUAUACGCGGGGAAUUGGCAUUCCUGCGGUCAAACCCAAGGAGGCAGCAUCAAUGGCGUUUGGGGGGAUUGAUUACAUGGGGCUGAUUCAGUGCUGGGCAAGGAGCCAAUGUUUUGUUUAUUUUUCUACUACUUUUUGGACAUACCAGGACCACGAUGGAUCCAGUUUGAGGCGACAUUGGGGUU